AUGACCGCAGAAGCUGCUUCCCAGAUCCGGGAGGUCAUUAAUCGCCUUCAAACACCCAUUGCGGAUCUACCAACUCUACUAGCUCUCGUAGCGGCUCCUCUCGAAUGCUUGAAUCUCCUACCACCACAAUAUCGGUCAUUUAACACGUCGCCAAUCCCCGCUGACGCAUUACAUGCUACUCGACAUCUACCUCCUCUACAACGCGCCAUCCUUGAGCAUGUAAUCCCUCACUGGCACCCGAUCCUCUCGGAACAGAAAAUGACACCGUUGAUCGACCAAUACUUUGUUCCAGACGCGUUUUCGUACUCCAACUCCUCUGCGGGACAGGUUGUGCUGCAUGCGUACUCCACGCUGCUUUCUCUGCCCUUUACGCCGUAUUCAUUGGACGUGCUGGCAAGAUUGUCGAAGGCAUACCCAAUCGACCGAUUGCACUCUGCUAUCUUCACCACGAAAAGUCCACAAUCUGAGAUGGCGUGGGAAGACAUUGUCAAGAAUGUCGUUUCUGUACCUCCAAAGGUAGCCAAUGGUCUUGCCGGCAAAAACACCACGCCACCAGAGUUAGAGCAGGGGCCGUACUAUGCGAAUGUAUGCUCUCGGUCUGAGGUACUGGUUCAUACGCUUGCCACCAAUAAUAGGAAAGGUAGCAUUCCAUCGGUCGCCUAUCUCUUCGCGCGGCUUGUGAGCAUUGGGGCGUUUCCACCGUCGCCACCGAAUAUUCCCUCUCAGCCUUCUUUUUUUGCCUCCGUCCUCCCAGCGAUUCGUGACCGUUUGUCGGGUGGCCCAGACCCGUCAAGCUAUACUGACUUUUGGGCAGAGCUUUUGAGCUCGUUGUCAUCAUCGUUGACGGUACAGAGCAUCGUUACCUCGCUGUUCGGCCACGUCAUACGGAUUGAAUCUGCUCUUGACCCAUUACCUCGCACCAGAGCGCUUGUCAAGGGUGAAUCCGAGCUUUUUCGCGGCCUUCUGGGACCACUCAACAAGAAGAAUGAAUUGUGGGAUAAUAUUGUCGCAAUAAUACUUGGGAGAGAGUGGCCCGAAGGACAUGCAAGAGUCUUUGCUUGCUGGGCCGCAAGCUCGCAGGUCGGGGUGGUAGAUGAAGACGGACUUGGGGCUCUGCUGGACAAAACACUCGAUGUUUGGUCCUCCUCAGAACACAUCAAGCAUUCACUUCUUUCCCGACAUCACUACAUGACGCUUCUCCUUCUCACCACCAUCUCGUACCUCCCGAACAACUCUCCGAUCCUAACAGAACUAUCGUUUCAUUCUCCCUUCAUACGCUGUAUCGGCACAUACAUCGGCCACCUGGACCCAUCUGUUCGACGUUGCGGUAUGCUCGUCGCCGAAGAGAUCGCUAGUCGAACCGGCAAGUCUCUUAAUUUUGGCGAUUGGAACGGAGAUGAUGGUGGCAAGCUAUGGUCCCGAGAAGUACGCACUCUCAUCGCCGAGAGAGACGCGGACGCCCAAUCUCCAAAGGAUGAUUCCGGAGAACCCAUCGAGCUGAAGCUGGAGGACCUCUUAAUCGAAGAUGCCAUUGGUCCUUCACAGGAGAACAAGCCUGUAUCACUACCUGCAGCGGGCGGAUACGACUCAGACGAUUCUCUCACUGGCUAUGCGUCGCCUACAUCCUCCCGGUCUGCGUCUCCUACUCCAUCAGAACUCGAGGAGUACGAGAAGGAUCCGACAGUGCGCUUAGGUCGCAACAAGAUCACGAGGCCGGUUUAUUUAGCACAGCUCGGCGAGCUGAUACGACACACGAGCGGUAUGAAGAGUGAGCAGGAGAGUCAGGAGGCAGACAAGAUUGAGAUGGGACUGAACACCGCUGAAGAGUUGAUUAGGCGAAAGAGAAACUUUGGAACAGAACUUCAGGAGAAUGCUGUGAAUCUGGUGUAUGGGCUUAUCGGCCUAAACAAUAACUACGAGCUAGAAGGUUUUGACUACAAGCGGCAGGCAGCGCUCAAUGCUCUCGUAGCAUGCUGUCCUCGUAGAGCCGCGCCUGCAAUCAUCGAAGAGUUCUUCAAGAACCAGUAUUCGACCGACCAACGCUACGUGAUGCUCAAUGCUCUAGCUCUUGGCGCCCGCGAACUCGCAGACCUUCCGCUCCCAGAUGCCGCCGUAGUCCGGCCUCUCAUAAGUGACAAGCUCGAGUUCCCCACCAAGCGUCUUCCCCCAGCUCUGCACGACCGCUACACCCGGAGCGAAGCAACAUCACAAGUACAAGGCCUACUUACAUCUAUCUCCCGAAAAUCUAUCGAAAACACGAAGGAAACAACCGAACAAAGCGCUCCAGAGCUCAUUCGCGAGCGUCGUUUACGAGUCCGUCAACCUGCCAAAGUUACCGAGAUGCACCGGCCGAGCACGUCGCAAACUGUACACAACAUUCGAUCCUCGACUCUGCAGCAACCUCGAGUGGCCACCUUCAUGGAUGUCGCUGUCGAAUCCUUUAUAUACCCUCUAAUCAGUCGGUUUUGGUUGUUCCUGAGAGACGAGCAGGCUCGGGAGGAUAGGACUGCACAACGAGAGAAGUUACAUCGAUAUCAGGGUGCAGGGACGGGACUCGUGUUGAGUGCCGUCGUGCUCUCGCAUUUCCUGGCAACGCUCGCAGUGCUAGUACACGCCGCCAGACAUGCGCCGGAAUGGCUGGCCGUUGUGGCACCGGACGCUCUCGAACUCGCAGUCACGUUAGGCACCCGGCCAGUCUCCAGUUCUCCGGACGAAGACGAUGACAGUGAUGACGAGGAGAUGUCGAAUGCAUCGCAGCCAAAAAACCGAGAAGACAAAGAGGCGCGAGUGCUGACCAUGGCACUCGAACUAGCACUCAUAGUAUUGGAUGGGUGUGCAGAACUGGAUGGCGGGAGGUCAUUAGGACUAGAACACACAGCGCUAUUGUUGGGUACCGGAGAGUGGGCUGGUCAAGUUUUUACGCGUCUGGAAAAGGGGCUUCUGGUCAAAGGUGGUGGGGGUAUGGCGGAGGCCAGGUUGAGCAAGGCGGCCGCUGGUGUGGUUUUGAAGGCGAACGAACUUGCUGAGAGAUGGAGGAGGUCUAUGAUCGAUUUGGCUCGCUGAUGGGUAUAUCUACUUCCGCUAUCGUCUUACAAUAUUGUUCAGGAUCCUUGGCUAUUGUCACGUCAAGGACCUUUUCUGGUGUAAAUGUACAAAAUCAAAUGUG